UCUAUAAGAUGGGGUUAGGGUCUACAGGUGCACCUUCAGGCUCAAGUGCUGCCAUGGGCAGUAGUCGAAAACUUCAGCAGACACAAAAUCAAGUAGAUGAGGUGGUAGACAUAAUGAGAGUUAACGUGGAUAAGGUGUUAGAAAGAGACCAGAAGCUCUCCGAGUUAGAUGACCGUGCAGACGCGCUGCAGGCAGGAGCUUCUCAAUUUGAAACAAGUGCCGCCAAGUUGAAGAGAAAAUAUUGGUGGAAGAAUUGUAAGAUGUGGGCAAUAGGGAUUAGCGUUGUGGUUAUCAUCAUCAUCAUCAUCAUUGUAUGGAAUAUGUCUCCAUGAAGAACCAGUGAAACUCAAGCCUGCUAUUCAAGAAGCCUCUUUAAGACUUUUGACUCAGAACCUGCUAUAUUAUCAAGCUUACUUACUGUUCUAUCUAAAAUGAUUAUUUUUUUGUUAGUUAAUGUAAAGUUCGAUUUCUAGGAAAUGUGCCUUUGUUUUUGAAAAUGCACUCCAAACCAGAAGUGUGGCCAGCCCCGCCUACAUUUUGCACAGUCCCUUUACAGAUUUACAGAGGACUUCGUAAGUUGCAGAAUGCUAUAAUCUAGAUGUAAGGUCACUAAUUAAUUGCCAUUGAUUCUAUUUAAGGGAAUUUGUUCCACGUUAGCUCUCCUUGUCAUAUGGCUUUAUCUUCAGAAUCACAAUUUAAACCUUUGUGUAAUCAGAUUUCCAACUUGUGCCUUCCAGAAAGAACACUACUGCCUAACACAAAUCUGUGACAGGCUGUGCCUUAUUUUGAUAUUUUCUAAUUCCCUAUAAGAGAACCCUUUACUUUUUGUAAGCACUACUGACCCUUUUGCUGUAUUUAAAAUAAGAUGCUGGUAAAGAGUUUUAGCUCUUACAUUAGAUAUGAAGAUGUUUACUUUCUUUUUAUUGUUAUGUACUUGCUAAAAAUAUUAUUUUAAUCAGAAAUAAUCCUUUAAAAUGUUUUUAUAGAACUGUGGGCUAUGACCAAAGUUUCUAUUUUGCCAAAAAGUUAAAUACACAUAAAAUGUCCUUACAUCUAUUCCUGACAUAUAUUCAGAAAAGUGCCAAAUGGAACUCAAAGUGCCCUUCAGAAGUACAGUUGUAAUAUUGUGUGUGAUCCUGACAGGCCUUUCUUGCCUUUGAAAUGCUAUAGAUGGUGUGACUCCCCUUCUGAUUCAGAGUUUUCAUGGGGGUUGAGCCAGACUCUGAUCAUCUCAUACCUAUAGAAAAGAAGUUUCACCCAGCAGUUUGCAGAUUAUCAGCAAUGGACUCCAGUAUGUUUCUAAUAAUUAUGUGAACAACAAUUUUAUAGCCUUCAGAUAAGACCAUCUGUGAACCUGAUCAUUAUCUGGCCCAGUUCUUACAGACUGUAGGUUUUUGGAGUUUGUCUCCUAUGUAUAUUCAUAUUCCACUUUCUUAAUCAGUCUUCUAAAUUAUGCUUGCAAUUAGGCAUUGCUCACGGGGGGGAUGACUCUUUUCACAGAGGAUAGCUAACCAGAGACACCUUCUUUCUUCAAUGUCAUAAACUGUUCAGGAUGCUGCUUUGGAAAUAGCUGUUGUCAUCUGAGAGACUUGUGUAUGUGAAACUUUGACCAUCAGGGUGUGUGGCUGAAGACAGGAGUUCAGGUAUGAAUGAAAACAAGCAAGGACGCACUGAGGGACAAACAGGCUCUAUGGCCCAUUGUUACUAGAAUGUUCUAAAAUUCUUGUUCACAUGCUAGUAUGACAUACAAAGCAACACAGCUGAGGUGCACCAGGACACGGGUUCCAUUUCUUUAAUAUUGUUCCCCUAACAUCACUGAAAUGAUUUAAUGUUGAAAACAUGCCUUGCAAUAUGGGCAACUGUAAGAAGAAAGCAGCUGUCAGUGUUGGGACAUUAGCCCACUCUCAGCACAGGGUCUCUGGCCAGUUCUGACUCUGCAACUUUGGUGCUCUCUCCUUGGCCCCAAUGCUCAGUCCCAUGUAACCCACUGGCUCCUGCAUUAACCCAGGAAUACCUCGCUUGUAUCUGUGCAUUUAGCUGGGAACUUUCCCACUAAAAUGACCCAAAUAAAGUGUUUAUAAACAUGA